AUGAUUUCGAAGCUGUUCACGCUUCUCGGUAUCGCCAUCCUCCCCCAGUUGGCUUCAGCCGGGCCAUGCAACAAUAACUGCGGCCGGCAAGUCAUCGGCACAGCCGUAAGGGACCCCCCUUCCUGGGACUUGAGAUCGUCCUUGUGCGCAGACUUUGUGACUACAUAUGUUACAGUAACGUCUGGGCCGGAGCCUUCUGCUGAGCUUCAGCUCCCAACGGUUAUAGAUGGUAGAAAUGUCCACGGCCCUCGCCAAGUAACUCCAACACCCGUCAUUACUGGUAAAAAGCCGGAUUAUGCCAGCGCCUGCAGCGACGUUGCUGCGUACUGGUCUGCCUGCCAAUGUUUUGAUGGCGUAAAGCCCACAACAAUUACAGUAACGGCACCAGCCGUUGCUGCCACCACGCCGACCAGCUCAGCUUCUCAGCCAUCAUGCACCAAGGGUAUUGAGUUUGCCCACCAUGUCAUCGAACCAACUUCGACGUUGUGCACAAACGUACUUUCUAACCAAAACCUUCGCGCAAAGGCCUACGACCUUGGGAGCCUUCUUCAAGGCCGUGUUCCUUCAGGUGUUGGGCUCUCCCAAAAUCUUUACUACGAGCAACUAAACGGCAAUGCACCAAUCAACUACGCUGGGCUGAGAGGCCCCGAAGGAUCUACCUUGGAAUGCAACAUUCUUGUGCAUCGCGGCUAUAUCAAGGUCAAAGUUCCUGGGAUUUAUGAGUUCUUUUUCGGUGGGGUCCAAGAUGUGGUCCUGAUCUGGUUUGGAGACAAGGCCAGGUCUGGAGGUUUCCGGGCUGGUAACUCUGAUUUCGGCGGGAGAGAUAAGGAUAUCAAAUGGCCUGAUCAAUCAUUCUAUCUCAAUGUUGAGGAUGCGUCUGAGUACAUUCCAUUCCGCGUGUACUGGUCAAACGGCGAAGGGGCCGGAGCCUUUGGCAUACAAGGUUUCCCUGCGGCCUGGGGUGAUUGGCCUGAUGAGGACCCUGAGCUUCCUGAAUUUUACUCAAACUGUUCGGGAGAUAGGAGCCCUGCUCCUGCUUGGUUGCCUUGGGAGAGUGAAGAUUACUCGGGAGGUGCUUAA